AUUUUUAUGUGGGACGACAGACGCACGCACAGAGACUAAGCAGGGAAAGCAUUAUAAAGAUAAAUUCUCUAUAUUGCGGUUGGACAUACACCCAUUUAUUCAUAACUUACAUUAAGUCAUGUCAGUGAUACGCAAUCCUUAUUCGCCACAAAGUAUAAUAGUUGUUGCUCUUGUUUGCUCUCAAUUGACACAUAAAUGUCUUGUUAGGCAAAACACGUUCUUAAUGGAACCUAUGUGUUCCAUUAUAGAGAGACACGGCUCGACCCAAACAUCGAUUUAGGAACCCAAUCGAAAUAUUCGUCAAAUUAGGAAACUAAUCGUGCAAUUUCCUCAACCAUCAAUUGCGAGCACGUCGCCUUACGCGUCAGUUAAUUACUAGUCGGACUCCUACCGACCGGUGUUGGUAACGCCGCAGGCGAUCCUGCGUCGAUCCCCUGGCAUCGCAACGGUACCGGAGGAGGCGCACGUGUGAGUCACGCCGCGCGCGGUACAGUCACCUGCCGACGGUCCAUGCACCGCUUGAGAUUCCCCGCAACGGUCAUAUCGGCAACAGGCGUGAUUAUUACCCCAACGGUCGAAAUGGAACGCGCUUCCUGUCCGUCCGAUCCGAAUCGGACGGUCGACCGUCGUUAAGCGGGCGCAGUCCCGGGAAUCCCACCUCGCUGACCGUUGGCGUUUUUUCCCUGGCCCGGUGAAGACCGUGGCACUCGCUCACCCGGCACAGUAGCAGAGCAGCAGGAGGGAACGGAAGGAGGAGCAGCAGCGCGGAAGAGGAAGAGGAGGAGGAAGGAGAGGAAGAACAAAUCAAGAAUCUUAUUUGUUUUGGUUUUUGCUUGCUCGGAUCAUGGAGGUGGCCGAGAUGCCCGGUGGUGGCUCAGAGGAUUCUUUGAUGACCAGGGAAUCCGCACCAGCUUGGCUGUGGGAUGUCCACGGCUCCGUCGUGAUCGUUUCCUCUAUGUGAUGAUUUCUGAUAAAGAUUUGUUCUCGUUUGCUCUUCUUCUAACUAUUCUUUGAUUCUUUCACAGAGGCUUCCCGGUCUUCCAACUUGGUCUCCAAAACUCCCGUCUUUCUUUCCAACUUCGAGCUUGUCCUCUGUUUUCUUGGGACUGAAAGAUCCUUCUUUGCCGCAUUCUUUGAUUCUUCUGAGUUCUUGAAGGAGGAUGUUGGCUGGGUGCUCGUCGACGCUGCUGUCGCCGAGGCACAAGUUGAGGAUCGACGCUUCCGUGCAGUUGCAAUCGUGCCAUUUCCAGCUGCAGGACAAGCAUUGCCAUCCGCAGCAGAAGAUGGGCACCCAGCGGCUCGACCUGCCCUGUGGCUUCUCCUCCCGGAAGGACCCCCUGCGGAUGGCCCUGUCGGUUGAGAAGCCACCGCCGGCGGAGGCCCGGCGGAGCAGUUGCUCCUUUAGGCGCAACCCGGUGACAACUUCCUCCAUGGCGGCACAAACGCCCUCGUGGGGAGGGAUUGAUGAAGGCCACGGCAGACCCUGGGAUCGGAGGAGGAGCUUGAAGAGAUUCCACGAGAGGGGUUCGUGCGACGACGACCGAGCCAAGAGGACGAGGACCGGUGGCGGAGUCUCGGGAUUAGUUGAAGUUGACGGCGAGGUGUGGUUCCCUCGGUCCACCCAAGAGCCUCCGCCGGUGGAAGAGGACAAGGUGUUUCUUGUGCCCAACGCAGCAAGCUUUCCGCUUCCGGCCUCCACGAGCCAUGCUUUGGUAGGAGGAUCCGCUGGUCCCGAGAAUGAUGGCCUGAGCCCAGGCGAAGAUCCAAACGACAAGUCGCAGUCCGAUUCAAGUACGUCGUCGACCGCAUACGCUUCUUCUCCUGAGCCAACCAAGGAUUCUUCAGGCAAUGUGGCGUCGAACGGGUCCCGGAUGCCUUCUUCUUCGGGCGUCGCUGGUGCAGCAGGAGGCGAAGGAGAGGGUAGCUCGGCGGAGCAGCAGGGCCUCGAACUCCUCAGCUUGCUCACGUCGUGUGCGGAGUCCAUUAGCUCGGGAAACUACGAAGGCAUGACCUUCUUCUUGGCCAGGCUAGGAGAGACGGCCACCCCACUGGGAACCCCUCUCCAUCGAGUGGUCGCCUACUAUACCGAGGCCUUGGCGCUCCGAGUCGUGAAGCUCCGCCCCCGCAUCUUCUCCAUUGCUCCACCGAAGACCCUCGUCCACCCGACCGAGGACGACGACGCCGUAGCGCUGCGCCUCCUCAACUGUGUCACCCCAGUCCUGAAAUUUCUCCACUUCACCAUGAACGAGAGGCUGCUGAAGGCAUUCGAGGGAAGAGACAGAGUGCACAUCAUAGACUUAGACAUCAAGCAGGGCCUCCAGUGGCCUAGUUUACUCCAGAGCUUAGCUUCCAGGCCCAGUCCUCCGAGCCACCUCCGGAUCACCGGCGUCGGCGAGUCGAGGCAGGACCUCCAGGACACAGGCGCCGCGCUCGCAAGGCUGGCAGAGUCGCUCAACCUCCCUUUCGAGUUCCACGCAGUGGCGGACAGGUUGGAAGACGUGCGGCUGUGGAUGCUUCAUGUGAAGAGGGAGGAGUGCGUCGCGGUGAAUUGUGUUCUGACGAUGCACAAGGCACUCUCCGACGAGAGCGGCAAGGCCUUCAUGGACUUGCUGGGCCUGAUAAGAAGCACGCGCCCGGAGAUCGUCGUCAUGGCGGAACAAGAAGCGAAGCACAACGAGCCUAACUGGGAGACAAGGUUCUCCAGAUCACUCAGCUACUACGCGGCCAUCUUUGAUUCCAUGGACUACGCUCUGCCCAGGGACAGCCCGGCCAGGAUCAAGGUCGAGCAGGUGUUUGCCAGAGAGAUCAGAAACGCCGUUGCAUGUGAAGGGGGCGAAAGAACCGAGCGUCACGAGAACUUCGAUAGGUGGAGGAAGCUGAUGGAGGACGGCGGGUUCAAAUGCCUGGCAAUCGGAGAAAGGGAGAUGCUUCAGAGUCGUAUGAUACUGAGGAUGUACGCCUGCGACAAGUACGCCAUAGACAACCAAGGGGAAGAAGGUGAUGGACUCACUCUCAGGUGGUCAGAUCAGCCUCUGUACACAGUCUCUGCAUGGGCUCCUACAGAUGUUGCAGGCAGCUCCUCUACGUCUCAACCAAACUAGUGGAUUCCUCCUGCAUGACUUGGUGCUUCUUCCUCGACAGGUCUCAUACAGACUUAUUCUUUAUACUCUUACAGACAUGAAAGGUCCAUUCUUUUUCCACUUACAAACCAUAUAGACAUUCUUUUCUGGGCUUUUUCUUCUUUGGUGAUUCUUUAAAUUCUUUUGUUGCUGAGGCUCAUCAUUCAUGCUACAGAAGUCAGAAAAUGAUUGUAAUUUGGUUUAGUUAGAAUAUGAAUGAAGAAAAGAUGUUAGAAUAUUCUUUGAUUAUUUCCUACAGUGUAUCUUUUGUCAUCACUUCAUAUUGAUUGCUGUAACACUAAUAAAUGAAUAAGAGCAGUUGUUUCUAUU